GCACGAGAAAUAUAAUAUCGGUCAGUACAUUUGUUCUUCCCCCUUCUGUACGAUCACAUCUCCCCAAGAACAGGAACACAAACCCUCCUCGAGUACAACCAUCCUCAAUCCCUAGCUCAUAACCCUAGUUCGCGUCCCUGUUCUCAGCGCUCGAGCUCCGACCAUGGAUGGCAUGAACACGACCCACAUGAACGGGACGACGGCGCCGCCGCCGCCCCACCACCACAAGAUGAUGAUGAUGCACAUGACCUUCUUCUGGGGCACGAAGGCCGAGAUCCUCUUCUCCGGCUGGCCGGGCACCCGGACCGGCAUGUACGCCCUCGCCAUCGUCUUCGUCUUCGUCCUGUGCGUCCUCGUCGAGUGGAUCUCCCACAGCCGCCUCCUCCCCCCCGCCAAGCCCGGCGUCGCUGCUGGCAUCCUCCGGUCUCUGCUGCACGCGGUGCGCAUGGGGCUCGCGUACCUGGCGAUGCUGGCGCUCAUGUCCUUCAACGGCGGCGUGUUCCUCGCGGCGGUCGCGGGGCACGCGGUGGGGUUCCUGGUGUUCUCGAAGCCGGAGGAGGCGGGCGGGCCGUACGCGUGGAAGGCCGCCUCCGAUCUACCUCCGAUGAGCUGCUGAUUCGUGGCGGGAGUGAGGCUCAAUUAUCGUUCCCGUAGAAGAUGGUAUAUAACCACGUAGGGUCGUGCAACAAA